AUGUCGCUUUUUGACGAUUUUCUAGAGUCAAAUCAACAAAAUUCAACUGAGCACAAGACAAACGCUGUAGUUACUACCGAUAGCUCACACGCAAUCGCACAAAAGCAGUUGAUUGAAAAUGAACAAUUGAAAGCAAGUAAAAGUAAAAAAAAUGAAUCAAACUAUGCAGCAAACAUGUUAAGCGAUACAAGAGCGAAUGAUAAUAUUUUUAGCCUGCAGUAUGUUCAAUUUCAGAUGUCGGCGACUUUGCUAACUAUGUCAGUACAGAAUAAUAUGCUGGCUGCUGUAACAAGUAAUUUCAAAAUUAUCAGAAUCAACUUGGACGAUCCCUUAAACGUAGAUGUCUGUGAAAUAUCACAUCAUUCGGCAACGAGCGAAGUAUUAAAUCUGUUCUUGGACCCAACAGGAAGGCAUAUCAUUAUCACUACAAACAAUGGAGAGAAUUUUUAUUUGUAUCAUAAUUGGAAAAAGCCUUGGGAACUCAUAAAAUUGAAAGGCAUCUCAAUCACGUCUAUAGCAUGGAAUAAACAAGCACACGGUUUAAAUGAAACAACAAAUCAGAUAUUGAUAGGCAGCGAUAAGGGGAUAAUUUAUGAGACGGUUUUAGACCCACCUAUGGAGGAAUCGAUUUUUAAAAAAAAUAUAGAAAGAUACGUCUCAAAAAUAUAUGAUUUGACUGAUACCGCUGCAAUUACAAAAGACGAAAUGCUAAUCACAGGGCUUCAACUUGAGAGAUUUCCCACCGACAUGCAUAGAUAUUUGAUAAUGACAGCGACUCCUACCCGAUUAUAUCAAUUCAAUGGAGUAAUAUCCAAAGCCACGAAUAACUCGGCCAGCAAAGCUAACUUUGGGCCCAUUUUCACCCAAAUCACACUUGAACAAUGCCUUGUAAUGCCAAACACUUUGAGCUACAGUCACAUUGUUUUCUUCGAUCGAUAUUUUGAUUUACAGAUCCACAGUGUACCUCAAGAAUUCGCUUGGCUAACAAGUACAGGAGUUUAUUGCGGUCGUUUAGACUUUACUGGAGGCUUGUCGUCGGUUGUCAGUGACCAAGCGCACGGUUUUAUUAGAGAAGCGAAUUUGAUACCGUUCCCUCCUACCAGUUUUGACGAGCAAUCAAAUCAAUAUAACACAGAUAUACCUGUUACACUGAUAAUGACUGAAUUUCACGUGAUACUCCUUUACAAACGUCAUGUCAGGGCUGUUUGUAGGUUGAAUGAGAAAAUAGUGUAUGAAGAAAUGAUACCCCUUCAAAAUCCGAAUGAAGCUAUAAGAGGCAUGACAGUAGAUGAAACUCAGCGAACGUAUUGGAUUUAUACCACUGAUGCCAUGUAUGAACUGGUAAUACAGAAUGAAUCACGCGAUAUAUGGAAGUUGUUUUUAGAAAAAAAACAUUAUGAUAAAGCCUUAAAAUAUGCGACAACAUCAGGACAGCGAAACGAAAUCUACAAAGCCCAGGCAGAAGAGGAUUUUAAUCAAGGGAAGUACAUGCAAAGUGCCGAAUAUUACGCAAAAGCGAGUAACUGCGCGUUCGAAGAAGUUGCUCUUAAGUUUCUCAAAAAAGGAGAAGAGGAUGCCUUACAAUUUUUGCUAAAGGAGCGGCUUGAAAUGCUAAAAAAUAUGGAUAGCACUGCUGGCCAGAAAACAACGCAGACGACACUCAUCGCCACAUGGUUAGUGAAGCUUCAUUUGAACAGAUUAAACAAGUUAGAAGAAACGACAAUUUCCGUUAAUUGCGUUUCAAAUAUGAAAGGGAAAACAGCCGGCACAGCACGUUCAUUUUUAAUGCCCCAACCUUCACAGUUAAAAUCUGCUAAGGAAGAAUUAUGCUGUGUAUUGGAGAGUUACCAAAGUUAUUUACAUACGCCUACAAUUCAUAAAAUGCUAGCGAUCCAAGGGUUUCCGGAAGCAGAGUUACUUCUAUAUUAUGCUUAUCUUACAAAUGAUGUCGAAAAAAUCAUUCACCACUGGGUCAGUCAGGAAAAUUGGGGGAAAGCUAUCAAAGUUUUGGAUAACCAGAGUAAUGAAGACUUGAUCUAUAAAUACAGCUCACUGUUAAUAGAGAAUGAACCCAGGAAAACUGUAGAUAUGUGGCUGAAUCAUCCCAAUGUCAACCCAAAAAGCCUUAUACCCACCUUGUUACGCUGUUAUCGCAUACGAAAAUUUGAAAACGCAGAGCAUGAAUGUAUUCGAUAUCUGACGCAUGUCAUCUCAUUUUUCAACAAUACAGAUCCUGUUGUUCACAAUUUGCUUAUUACUUUGUAUGCAAUGCAACCGACUAGAGAUGAAACAGCAAUACUAUCUUUCCUCACCAAUGAAGGUCGAGAAACACAUUAUGACUUAGCUCAUGCUUUUAAUCUCUGCAGGCAAUAUAACCGCGCACAAAGCUGUGUACAUAUCUAUAGUCUAUUGGGACUGUAUGAAGAUGCUGUCGAUUUAGCACUAAAAGUAACGCAAAACAACUCGGCGUUAUUGGAAGACAAUUUAGAACUGGCAUAUAUUAAUGCAGAUAGACCUGUUGAUAGCCAUUCCUUUCGGAAAAGAUUGUGGAUUCGUAUUGCUAAGCACAUCAUACAAGUUGAUAAAGACCUGAAAACGGCGAUAAAUCUUCUUAAACAAUGCGACUUAUUGAAGAUGGAAGAUAUACUACCAUUUUUCCCUGAUAAUGUUCUCAUCGAUGAGUUUAAAGACGAAAUAUGUUCGACCUUUAGAGAGUACAAUGUCACUAUAGAGGAUCUCAAAAUGGAAAUGAAUAAUGCAACUUUGAGCUCAGAAUACAUACGGUUGGACAUUCGAACACUGAAGAAAAGAUUUGCGGUUAUCAAAGAGGAGCAACAAUGCUUUCUUUGUCACUUUCCUUUACUGACUCGUCAAUUCUACACAUUCUCUUGCAAUCAUCAUUAUCAUGCUGACUGUUUACACAAUCAAGUAUCAAAAUAUCUACCAACAAGGCAAAUUAAACAAUUAGCGGACAUACAAGAAGGGAUCUCCCAAGAUUUCAGAAGGUUAGCCACCGAUAUACAAUCUAAAGAUGAGAAAAAACUCGUUACGAGUCAAAUAGAAGGCUUUAGGGAUAGAUUAGAUGACAUCGUAGCACAUCAAUGCUUCAUGUGUGGUGACAUUAUGAUAAAAUCUGUGCACAUGCCUUUCAUUGCUGAGGAUGAACUCGAUAUUGUUUCCAGUUGGGCUGUGUAA